UAUAAUUUAGGAAUCAUCUUCCAAAUUAAGCAAAGGCCCGGCUAACCCCUCCCUCUUCCCUCCUCCGCCGCCUCCGCCGCCGCCGUUUCCCUCCGUCCAUAUCCUUCUUCUCCAAAUUUUGAAAAUAUACAUAUCAUUCUUCUUCUUCUUCUUCUUCUUCUUCUUCUUCUUCUCCAAAUUUCGAAAUAUCAAAACAUGUUCCAAGGUAUCAACACCAAAAUUCUGAAACUUGAAGGUACUCUCUUCUUCUAAUCUUUUAAAUUAAUCGCUAAAGCUUAGUAUGGGUUGAGUUAAUGUUGUCAUGAACGAAAAUCUGCCAAUUCAAAUUUGUUGUUGUAAAUUGAUGUUAGAAUCAAGCCAUAGGAAUUGCGCUAAGCUUGUUAUUGAGGGGGGGGGGGGGAAUGAGCGCUAGUUUCUUACAACUUUUUUUUCGUAUCUGUGAUAGUUUCCCAGACAACUAAAUCCCACUGAUGAUUCAGUUAAUAUGUAAACGGGGAUUCAAAUUUCCGUCCAAAUCACAUUCUUUCGCUUUAGUGCACCAACUAGCUUCACCAAUUACAAAUUACAAAGAAAAAUCGGUCUUCAAAGCUUCAAUCAAUCAGGGUGCUAAAGCCACCAUUCUCUCUCCUCAAAUUGUGUUGACGACUCUGCAAAACUGCCCUUCUGAUUUAGUUGCUCUGAGCUUUUACCUGUGGUGUGCGCGUCAGCCUAAUUACUUUCAUGAUAAUCUUGGAUUUGAUCACAUGGUGGGCGUGACAUCAAAUUUGACUGAUAAAUAUGGGACUGUGAGAGUCAUUAUUGAGGAAUUGGAGAGCAUCGGUUGCUUCACAAAGGCACAGACUUUGUUGCUUUUGAUGAGGAUUUACUGGCGUGGAGCCAUGUACGAUAUGGUAUUACAGGCUUUUGAAGUGAUGCGCGGCUAUGGUUAUGUACAGAAUACUUACGCAAGAAACAUUGUUGUCGAUGUCUUGUUCAAGAUUGGGGAGGUUGACGAAGCCCUCAGUUUUUUGGAGGGAACUCAGGCCCCAAAUUUUCUGAGCUUCAACAUUUCCAUCUGUAACUUGUGCAGGCUCGGUGAGGUUGAUAGAGUUAAAAGUGUCUUUAGGCGUAUGUUGUCGAGAGGGUAUUAUAUGAACCAUGAGACCUAUGCAGUGGUGUUGAAUUGUUUCUGCAAAUUUGGGAGGUUGGAGGAGGCAUUGCAGCUGCUUGGAAUGAUGGUGGUUUUGGGUGCACCUGUUUCUGUAAAUGUAUGGAGCAUAUUGAUUGAUGGUUACUGCAGGUCGGGUUCAGUCGAGGUUGCAGCUUAUAUUCUUGAGAAAAUGGUGGCUGUUGGUUGUUCACCAAACAUCGUGACUUGCACAUCAUUGAUCAAAGCAUUUUUAGAAUCUCAAAUGGCUGAAGAAGCAUUUAAGCUCCUUGCCACUCUAAUAUCCAAAGGUUGUUUCCCUGAUCUUGUGCUGUGUAAUGUAUUGAUUGAUCGCCUAUCUAAGAUUGGGCAUUACAAGAGUGCAUUUGAAGUUUACUUUAGUUUGAGAGAUCUAAGUUUAAAGCCGGAUUGUUACACUUAUUCGUCUCUUGUAACUCUAAUGGAUUUGUCUGGGCAGUGUGCUCAUCUACCUUCCAUUACGAGUGGACUUGCAGUGCAACCUGACCUGGUGCUCUGCAAUUGCCUCCUAAGCUAUUUUUGCAAGUCUGGUUAUCCAGAGGGUUCUAUCGAGUUCUAUGAUAUAAUGAUAGACAUAGGGUUUAUACCAGACAAAUAUAGUUUUGCGGCAGUGUUGAGUGCGUUGUGCAGGUUGGGUAGAUUGCAUGAUGCAGUGAAUGUUUACCAUGGAUUUAUUCACAACUAUCCAGGUAUCGAUGCUCGCAUCCACUCUAUAGUCAUUAACGCACUUGCAAAAUCAGGUAGGUUUAAUCAAGCUAUGAGAAUAUUCAGGAAAGCUAGAGAUGAAAAGUUCCCAUUAGAUGCUGUGUCAUACAAUGUUGCCAUUUAUAUACUCAUUAGAGUUGGUCGGAUGGAGGAAGCUAACUGUACGUUUAACCAAAUGAAGGAGAUGGAGGUAGUGCCAAAUAAGCGGACGUAUAAUCUGAUACUCUCUGGUUUCUCCAAGAACAGUGAUAUCCAUGCGGUUAAACACAUCCUGAAGGAAAUGAAUGGUGCAAAUAUUGCAAUGGAGUAUCAUGCAUUCAGAUUGAUGAAAAAACAUUUUUCUCACUCCUCCGACUCUGUUUUGUCUGACCUUGCUUUGGCAAAUCGGAGGUUGCCUAGAGGGGACGAAGUGGUGUUGCCUAGAGUGGAUGGAGUGGUGUUGGUAAAUUGGCAUGCAUCAAAUGAUAAUGUGAAUGCCACGGACUCUGGAAGAUCAAGCUCUGAUGAGGAAUUCGAUGCUAUUGUUUCUGUGUUGAGUUAGUGAAGGAACUUUUCAGAUAAGCUAUUGGCGACCAAUAGCAACGGAGCCCCAGUGUCGACGAAAAGAUUGGAGAUGGAGAAUAGUUCUCAUUCCGUUUUUCCUCUUGCCAUAUUACCCUUUACUGGCAUCCGCUCAAGCUAAGAUAAUACAAGACGUGUGGUGGGAAAAGACGAGAAUGCAGUGCAUCAAUCAUAAGUAUGAUAAGCAGUGAACAUCAGCAUGUGGUCGAACAAGCUUGCUCUGCACUUUCGAGUCUUGCUUCAGAUGGUUCAGUAGCAAUGCAACCUAUUGAGAGUGUUGAAAUCCACUGGCUCAAAGGAAGUUAUCUGUCUUAAGCUAUGGCCAAGUUAGCUUUUACAUCAGAUAUUGUAGCUCAGAAAAUGCGAUAUUUUGAUGUCGCUUCAAGUUAUUGUGUGGUCACAAGACGAGGACCAUGAACCCUCGAGUCCAGUCAGCGACCAAGUUGUACGAAUCAAUGGUAUUUUUACCACCUUUCGAUCAAUCUGCAGACGGGAGAGGGCAUUGUUCUGCGACUUGCUACUGGCUGGCCGUCCGAGGUAUCUACUCCCAUCUUUCUUGUAAUAAAGGAGAUGAAAAUAUACAUCAAACUCUAGGAGAAUAAACAGGAGAGAUUUCGGAAUAUGAGUUUUAAUUGGCGGACCAUGCACAUUUUUGCAAGGAAUAUCUGUGAUUAUUUGGGACUUCGAUUCAAAAUGUGAAGAAUUUAAGCAUUGGAAGAUUUCUCUCUCUGUUUUUUUUUUGCCAAAUUCGGUAUCUGUUAUUGGCAUUCAUGUUAGUGGAGUAUAAUUUAGUAGUAAUGCUAUAUUUUAUCAUUGUCAUUCUUAAUGAUUUGAUAUGAUAAUUUAACAUACAAAAUUUCUCUGAUUUGAAUCUCCACUUAUAUGGAUGAUGAAUGGAUACACAUUUUCCACCGA